AUGGGGCCAGUGCGAGUGAUCGACCCUCACGAGAACGUUUUGCGGGACGAAAAAACGCAUCGGCAUGGGAGUUGGGGGGAUUGCUGGCGCCUGGGGAUGGGCGCAGCAGCAACACGAGAAGCUGCGGCAGGAAAAAAAAACCUGGAAAGGCGGAAGCAAGAAGUGGGACGGCAACAAGAGGAGCAACGGCAGAGAAAGCUGGCAGAUGAAAAGGACCUGGAAAGGCGAAAGAAAGAGCUGGAAGAGGAGCAACGGCAGAAAAAGCUGGCAGAUGAAAAGGACCUGGGAAGGCGAAAGAAAGAGCUGGAAGAGGAGCAGCGGCAGCAAGAGCUGGCAGCUGAAAAGCUGGAGCGCCACAAGCAGAGGCAUAAAGAGCUGGCAGAGAAGCUGGCACGCCUGAAGACACGGUGGCGGGACAGGGAUGUCGAGCUGGAACACCGGAUGUCAGGGCAAGGACACAGGGGUCAGACAGGGCAACGAAAGCUGCGGCCCUACUAG